AUGUGGAGUGCACAUUCAAGAUCUAAGCUGAUCUUUCUCUUGGUUUUGGUUUUAGUUUUGGUAGAGGCUUCAUUGGGUCAAUCUUUGGAGAAAGAAGAUUCUUCAUCUAAGAUUCUAGGCCCUUUAACCAACAAAACAGAGACUGAGAUGCUGCAACAGCAACAUCCACCGCUGCGUGGUUUUUAUUAUGAACCUCGAGAGGCGGGACCAUACGGGAAUGUGACGAUAAGGUGGGACUCUAUGGAAUUUAGUAAUAAAACUAAUGUCACAGUCUACAACUACUUGAAGAUUCACGAUAGUGAAGGGCCAUUGGAAUUAGAUUGGUCAUGGGGCGAAAAGAAAAUCGAAAUGAGAACUGGACAUGGUGCAAAAGGCACACAACAACAUUUUAAUGGCACGGCCUUACAUGACAAGCCUAGCAAAGGCGGUACCGGUGUGAUUCCGUCGUGGUAUAAAGAAGCCGACCUUGCCAAAAGCUCUUGUUCAUUCCACAUGUCUGGUGUUACUAAAUUACCAAGAGUUAUUCCAUCUUUUACCACACCAGAAUGGGAAUACCGGUGUAGUACAUUGAUUAAAGUAACUAAUCCUCCGGGUUAUAAUAUGAGGUCGUGGAAGACGAAAUGCACUCCCUUCAACAGUACGAGAUAUGAAGAAGAGCUAGAAGAGGCUUCAUUGGCUCGAUCCUUGGAGAAAGAAGAUUCUUCUUCUAAAGAGAUUGAGAUUCAGCAAUAUCGAUAUCCAUCGGAGCGUAGUUUUGAUUAUAACUCUCGAGCGGAUUUAUACGGGAAUGUGACGAUAAGGUUUGACUUGAUGCUGGAUGAGAGAAAUGGUAGUUACUCGACUAAUGUCACACUCUACAACUACUUGAAUAUUAACGAUACUAAAGGGCCAUUGGAAUUAAAGUACGGAUGGCACGGAGGAAUUAUGGGAUUGAUAAGUGUGGGUGCAAAAGGCAAGAGCUCUUGUUCGUCUAGCAAGGGUGUGAUUCCGUCGUGGUUUAGAGAAGCCGACCUUGCCAAGAGCUCUUGUUCAUUCCACGUUUCUGAUGAUACUAGAAUCCAUUCAAUUCAUGAACCAAUUGUUAGUCAUUAUUCCACAGAAGAAUGGGGAUACCGGUGUGGUCCAUUGAUGAAAGUUACUAAUCCUCCGGGUUAUAAUAUUUUUAGGUCGUGGAGGAUGAUUUGCAUUCCCUUAAACCGUACGGAAUUCGAACAAGAGUUUUUUUUGCGGGGGGCUUGGGGGCCGUUUUCUUCUUCUUCAUAA